AGUAGUUCAGUUUUCUGUCUCCUGUUUUUCAGUGAUAAACGAUGCAGAGCUGCCUUUUUCUCUGAACCAUGAAGAGCAGACAACAAAGAAACCUUUGCUUUUUGACCCUUGUCUCUUUUCUGUCGGCGUCAUCUUCACCUGCUGGAGGUGUUCAGAUCAGAUUGGCUGGAUCUGGAUCUACUCAGUGCUCUGGUAGAGUAGAAGUUAAUUACAGAGGUGUCUGGGGAACAGUUUGUGAUGACAACUGGGAUGUAAAUGAUGCUAAGGUGGUGUGCAGACAGUUGAACUGUGGUACAGCACUGAGUGCCCCUCAAUCAGCCCAAUUUGGUCAAGGAACCGGGAAGAUCUGGCUUGAUGAUGUGGCCUGUUCAGGAAAUGAAGGGUCUCUAAGUGAGUGUCAGCACGGAGAAUUUGGGACACAUGACUGUGAACAUAGUGAGGACGCUGGUGUCGUCUGUUCAGGUGUCAGAUUAGCUGGAUCUACUCGAUGCUCUGGAAGAGUGGAAAUCUAUCACAACAACGCCUGGGGAACAGUCUGUGAUGACAGCUGGGAUGUAAAGGAUGCUAAGGUGGUGUGUAAAAAUUUGAACUGUGGUACAGCACUGAGUGCCCCUCAAUCAGCCCUUUUUGGUCAAGGAACCGGGAAGAUCUGGCUUGAUGAAGUGGCCUGUUCAGGAAGUGAAGGGUCUCUAAGUGCGUGUCAGCACAGAGGAUUUGGGACACAUGACUGUAAACAUAGUGAGGACGCUGGUGUCGUCUGUUCAGUGAGCCUCCCAAAGCCCAGCCUCUCCAUUACUCCUGCUGGUGAGGCUACCUGGGGACAGAAAGUCAGCAUCACUUGUUCAGAUUCAGCUGAGCUUGUAGGUGGAACAUUCAUUCUGACGGAGACUUCAGGCUCAUUCAGAAAGACCCAAACCUCAAGUACCAACUCUGCUGUAUUCAGUAUCCCUAAAGUGAACUUUGACAAUGAGGGAUUGUAUCAGUGUCAGCAUGAGAAAAGCAUUUCAGGUCAAACAUUCAGCUCCAGCCUAUCUGACAUGGUCAGACUCACUGUUACUGUGAUCUUUCCCAAGCCCAGCAUCUCCAUGAACCCUGUUAGUGAGGUUACCUGGCGUCAGGACGUUAGCAUCACUUGUUCGAUCUCAACUCAGUUUUUAGGAGGAACAUUCACUUUGAAGAGGACACCAGGUUCAUUAAGAAAGAUACAGACAUCAAAUACCAAUUCUGCUACCUUCAGCAUCCCUAAAGUGGAAUUUGUCAAUGAGGGAUUGUACCGGUGUCAGUAUCAGAAAAGCAGCUCCGGUCGAGAUUUCACCUCCCCUCUAAGUGACUCUGUCAGACUUUCUAUCACUGUAAGACUGGAGAGGCCCAACAUCUCCCUGACAUCUCCUGACGGAGGGCUGGUCUGGAGUCCUGGAGGUGCAGAGAUCACUGAGGCUUACAGCUUUGUCUUCACCUGCUCCAUUAACUCCAUCUAUUCUGGAGGCCGUUUCUUUCUCAUCUUCUCUGGCUCCAACACCUCCGACUCCAAGCCUGCAGUCAACAACUCAGCCUCCUUUGAGUUCCCUGUAGCUGAGUAUGAACACCAGGGCAACUACAGCUGUGUGUACGAAGUCGUACUGUCCACGCGGAUAUUCAGUUCCACGGAGACAGCACAGAUAAAUGUGGUUAUUAAAUUUCCUUUGUUACUGCUGGCCUCCUCAGUAGCUGCUGGGAUCCUGGUGCUGCUCCUGCUGGUCUUGUUGGUUGUUUGUCUGGUGCGCAGGAAAAGACAACAAGACACCAAGCAUCUGCCAAUCAUCUUCAGUCAAGUGGCUGCGAACCAUUAUGAAGAUGAUUGCGACGAUGACUAUGAGAAUGUAGAUCAAGAGUACAUCGCAAAGAAACUCAAUGGGAGUGUGGAAGAAGAUGAUGAUAAUGAUUAUGAGGAGCCUGAGAGCGACGAAGAUCAUGAUUAUGAGGAUGCCGGCCCCGGUGUAAAUUACGUAAAGUCCGAGGACGUCUGUGAAGAGGACAACAGAGAAGAUGAAGAAGAAGAAGAAGAAGAAGAAAGCAGCGAUGAUGAAAAUGACUAUGAAAAUGUGACUCCGGAAUUUCAUGAACAAAUUGUGGAUAUUUAUGACAAAGAUGAAGAUAUUUAUCAAAACUUUUAGGUGACUCUCAGUCAAUAGUGACAAAGUGAUUACAAUUGAUAGAGGACUGAUUUGUGCCAAAUUAGGACAACUGCCAGUGAAACAGCUGGCUCAAAUUGAUAUUGAAUGAUACUAUAGAAAUAUAACUUGAUCUUUUCUUGCCAUAGUAGAAUAUGAUAGUCAUUCGAUACUUCAUCUUAUUUUGGAUUACCAUUUCAGUGUAUAUACAGCAUGCAUUACAUGAUGUGAUUAGUUUUGGGUGCAGUCCCCAGACCAUUCCUAAAGGUUUUGCCUCAUAAGUCUUGAAAUAUGGGGCGUAGGACCAAACAUUGCGUGCAUUCCUUGGAUUAAAAUGAAUCAGCAUAGGGCAAACCCAUUUGUACAAAAGUAUCAUCUGUUUUCCUGUCAAAAAACAAAUAUGAAAAAAAAGAAAAAAGGCCCUUUUUUUUAUUUUUCCAAUGUCCAUGCACAUUGAAAAUGAAUUGGAACAAAGGGGUUUGGUGUAAUUUCCAUUUUUCCAUCAAAAUAAAAGUGAAAUGUGGGAGAACGAGGCACUUUGCAAAUGAUUUAGUUGCCUGUAGGUUCAGAUUAAGCUAAAUUUAGCUAGUGUGAUAUAUAGUGAUAUUAUUUUCAUUGAGUGGCAUUAAUUAAUAUUGUGGAAACUGUUACCUGUAUUCCAUAUUCUCUACCCAAAUAAAGAGCAUUUAUAAAGUCACCAGCAGAGGUCCCUGUCACCCAUUGUGAAGUUAUAAAUGAGCGGGAACCUCUGGAACUGAAACAUGAAGCCAAAAACUGCAGUUCCUCUAAUGGCUCCAAAAGUGAAUCAAUCCCCAUA